GAGGCAGAACAGGCAAUCUCUAGCUGUGGAUAAGGUGCCAAGAAAAUCCACGGCAUUGUUUGGUUACGCAGGUGAUAUCAUGUCAUAGGACAGACACUGGAAGGGGUUGUUUUAUCCAAACCGGCAGCGCAGCGAAAUCUGUUCUGUACAGCGAAAUCUCUUUUACUUUUGUCCAUCAAACCAAUUCAAGCCUGUGUGAAGAAGAUAUUGCAUCUAGCUCGUGAUGAGACGAGCGCUUUGUGGCAUAAUCACUUGCGUGGUCAUGAGUUAUGACAACAUCCUUCAUUUGGACGCCGGGGUGAGGAUAGAUAACCUCGGUGCUGCAGUGAUAAUCGUGGAGACCAGCAAGGGCACUUCCGCUGCGCUGCAGCAGAGGCCGGUGUGCCGAAAUGUUGUCAGAUGUCUGGAGUUGAAGAAGAGCCCAGCGGGAGGUUUACUGCUGAUUUCAUGGCAGAAACGCGCAUGCUUCGGGUGACUACCAUUACUCUAAGCUCAAGCUCUCGUGCAGACAACCUCGCUCGAUUCCUCGUUCACAACCUCUGCCUCUCGAUGCAACGAGAAUUGUGUGUUUUUUAAUUCCACUGGCUGCAGGAUGAAAGGAGGAAAGCUCCGCGUCCUCAAGAGAGUCCAGCACAAGUGAAUCAUAAGACAUUCUCAAUGCUGUUCGCUCCUGUCGGCACUGGAGAUGGGAAGAUUGCAGUACGGAUUUCUGAGCUCGAUUCCCUCUCGUCGAAGUAUCGAGCCUAAACCGCUGUUGAGGCAGAUUCCAGUUCAGAAACGGAUGCUGGAGUGCUGGAGAGGGCAGCGCAGGCAAAACAUGUUCUCGUGUGGACGAUAAUUUUUCUCGAAGGAGGGCAGGAGGAAAAAGGAAAAGAAGGGAAGAGAAGGCCUGCAGAAUCGGCUCGAGAUGAAUUUUAUUGGAGAGAUUAGUUGAUGGCGUUGAUGAGGAGCGAAGGCCUUCGAUGCCUGCCUGCCUGAUGCCUGCCCUCCCUGCAUCGCCGGGCAUGUGAGGCCUGGAAAAACUGUCAGAGCAAUUCGGACUAUUAAUAUCGCUGAAAAGGCCGGGGAAGAUAUUUUGACCUGCUCCGCGCAUCCAUCAUCGACGUUUGAACCUCAGCCCCGUCACUGGAGAUGACUCGAUGGACGAAAUUCAAGGGAAGGCGAGGCUGUUGACUCCGGGUCUUCCGUUACAUAUUAAAAGACGCGGAGCAUGUCCCGAAGCCCCCCCGCCCCGUCUUCGAACACAGUCCCCAUUCCUGUUCCUCGCGAGCCCCCCCGCCCCCCCUCUGGCUGCCAUGCCUUGCCAUGCCUUGCCCCCGCAUCGCUUUGGCCGGCUCGCUCUUGCUGAGCUCGGGCUGGGGGCUGGGGGUGGGCUCGUGACGUAGGGGCAAGAACACCUUUUGUCCGCAACCCCGUGGUCCCGCCCCAUCCGACGCCCCAUGGGGGCUCGCCAACCCCAUCCGAGAUUAGAACGUUUGUUGGUGGCAAGGCCGAGGGGCAAGCAAGAGCGCGCGCGCGCCUGAGAUCCGAGCUCUGACGGGGGCUGCGCCUCGCGAGUGCUGCUGCUCGUCCGGGCCUGGCCGUGCCUAGAACUAGAGGGG